CAGCGUGAAUUUACCGUUGCAUAGCGCUCUCUUGGUGAGGCUGUACAGAGCGACUGAAAAUGAGGAGUUAGCAGCCGUUUAUAAGCCAUGGACAGUUUGCCUUUAUAUACAGCCGGGUGAAUCCUUGCGGGAUCUUAGGGUUGCUAUGAAGGUGAGACCCAGCAACAGGACAGAUCCUUCAUUGUGCUUUUGGCAACACACUGACAAUUGGGACUUGACUGUCCUGUUGGCUUCCUAUGGAAAUGAAAACACCAUGGUUACUCUCUGUUGAGAAUCAGCUGUUUAUCUGCAGUCAGAAGUCAUUUAAAGCGGGGGCUUCGUCCAUGUGGGCAUCAUGUUGUGGUCUACUGAAUGAGGUGAUGGGGACCGGGGCAGUCAGAGGUCAGCAGCCAGGAUUUGGAGCAGGUGCGGGGCCGUUUCGUUUUGCUCCCACUGCAGGAUACUCCACAUACCCCCCAACUAACUCGAGCAGCACCAGUUUGCUCUGUCAGGCCUGUGGACAAGCCUUUUCAGUCUUUAGAAGAAGGCACAUCUGUUGUGACUGUAAGAAGAGUUUCUGUUCGCUGUGCUGUGUACUUCAGGAAAACUUGCGCAGGUGUACAACUUGUCAUCUGCUGAAAGCCACUGCGUUUCGACGGCCUCAACUCAUGCGUCUGCGCGUUAAAGAUUUGAGGCAGUAUCUUACACUACGCAAUAUUAACACUGACACCUGCAGGGAGAAGGAAGACCUUGUGGACUUGGUGCUUUGUCACCAAGGUGCAGAGAGUGAAGAUGAUCCAGACACGCCCUCUCUCCAGUCACGGCCAUUUUAUAGCCCGCCUCCUUCAACUGAAGAGCCCACUUCCCCUCUCUCAGCACUUUCGCCCACUCAAGGAGAACCAAUCAGUAGAAGCAACAGCUCGGAGUCCAUAAAUCAGGAUAUUGAGGACUCCACUUCAGUGUCACUCCUCAACCUUGACCAUACAGAACACACACCAGAGGUGAGUCCUCAGACUCGUCGACGGGCUCGGGCCUCUCUUUCGGAUCUGUCUUGUGUUGAUGAUGUGGAGCAGCUGACCGUACGCCAGCUGAAGGAGAUUCUGGCCAGGAACUUCGUGAGCUUCUCUGGCUGCUGUGAAAAGUGGGAACUGGUAGAGCGAGUCAGGAGGCUUUACCGGGAAAACGAAGAGAAUCGCAAAUCAAUGGAGAAUGUGAACAACCCUAUCACCGCAGUGGUAGCUUAUCCCCCUCCUAUCUGCAAUGGCGGGAUCGGAGAUGGUUGCAAGACCCAGUUAUCCAGCGAUGACAACCUGUGUCGUAUCUGCAUGGACGCUGUCAUUGACUGUGUGCUGCUGGAGUGCGGCCACAUGGUCACCUGCACCAAAUGUGGGAAACGGAUGAGCGAAUGCCCUAUAUGCAGACAGUAUGUCAUCAGGGCCGUGCACGUUUUCAAGUCCUAAAACUGCUGAAGGAAUCCACUUUAGUCCAAUAAAACAGUUUAACGAUACGCCCCACCUGCAGACUGCUUUGAAUUACGUACCCUUGGUGGAUACUGCCCCGACAAGUGCCCAUCCCGAUCAAUGAAAGUCGUAAGACGUUCGUGAGGUUUCAUGAAUAUGACUUUGAUGAACACAAACAGUGGCUUUUUCAUGCACAAACAUUCCACAAGCUCUUUAAAGCGGAUCUGUAAUAAUAUGCAAUUGUUCAGCGACACCUCACAGCCUUGACUUGAUGUCUCGCAGCUUUAAGACAUACACAUGCUGCUCACCCGUCUCACGGGAGCACUGUGAGGAGGGUAAAAAUCAAGCAUUAUCAAAUCAAAUGUGUUUAUGCAUCACACAUGGACAAUACACCAUAUCUCAGGAUGUAAGGAACUGAAUGUUCUCAUUGCUCUUUUCUUGCAACAUCCGUAAAUGUGCUAUUGUGUUAGAAAGUUUCUGGAUUCUCAAAAAAUGACAUUGAACCCCAUAAUAACUAAAAGUGUGACCCUGUUCAUAGCACUUCACCCUCUUUGCGUUACAAAUUUUGAACCUAUUGGCUGAUGUCUGUGCCCUUUGUGUCAAGCGACUUCUGCUGAGCACUUCUACUGUACGUGACUUGAAAACCAGCCUAUACAUCUGUUUCCAAGUCAGUUGUGUACAUGAUCAGAAGUCUAAAAUUGGGCCCUAAACCAGCCCACUCACCAGACCCCAACCAAAUUAAUUCUUGAUUAAUCGUUUAUGUGUGACAUCAUCACUGUCAAUGAUGGAAGCAUUAUAUCGUAAUUCUCAGGCAGUGUGUGACGUGCACUAGUUUCUCUGUGUGGAUUAAGGUGAAGUGAAAGUAAAAUAAAAGCACUUACAUGA